GCAGGGCAGCAGGCAUUGGGCCACCAGGCAGAGCAGCAGUCACCGGGCCCACCAGACAGGGCAGCGGGCACCAGGCCCCCAGGUGGAGCGGUGGGCACCGGGCCCCCAGGCGGAGCGGCAGGCACUGAGUCAUCUGGCAAGACAGCGGGCACUGAGUCAUCUGGCAAGACCGCAGGCACCGAGUCAUCUGGCAAGACCGCGGGCACCGAGUCAUCUGGCAAGACCGUGGGCACCGAGUCAUCUGGCAAGACAGCGGGCCCCGAGUCACCAGGCACGACAGCGAGCUCUGAGUCAACCGGCACGACAGCGGGCUCCGCGUCAAUUGGCACGACAGCGGGCACCGGGUCAUCAGGUACGACAGCGGGCACCGGGUCAUCAGACAAUGGAUCGUCUUGCUCAACAGCGGGCACCGGGUCAUCUGGCUCAACAGCGGGCAUCGGGUCACCAGGCACG